UAAACAAAGAGCAUUCUUAGUGAGCGGGAAUAGUGGCCUACAUCAUGGCGAUGGAGACCUUGAUUACUUUCCUUCUUAUAGUCUUUUCCAUUUGCAAUKCAGCCCUGGUUGACGAGUACGACCAUUUCGCAGCCCUCGACCCUAAAGAGAAAGUGAAGCUUUACUGGACGAUCGAUGAAGAGACUGUAUCGUUUGCUUUAGAUGGCGCUACCAAAGGUUGGGUUGGAUUUGGUAUUUCAACGGGCCAAGGGAAGAUGGACAAGGCUGAUAUGGUUAUAGGAUGGGUGAAGGACGGAAAGCCGUAUUUAUCGGAUAGACAUGGUGUUGGUCAUUACCCCGAUUUAGACGAUCACAAUGACUACAAGUUGAUCUCUGGCAUGGAAGACAAUGGCCGUACUAUCAUCAAGUUCAGCCGAAAGAUUGACACUUGUGAUGGGGAAGACAUCAAACUCAAGGAGGGUACUACAAAGGUGAUUUUUGCACUGAACGAUAACGAUCCCGAGUCCCCUAAGAGUAUCCCUAAGCACACCUUCAAAGGAAUACGAAGUAUUUUGUUGCUGAAUGAUCUUGGWACCAGGAACGAACCUGACGCCUCUUGGAAGCAUUUUGACGUCCUGAAUAAGAACUAUAGYGUACCAGAUAGCAAAACAACUUAUCACUGCUCCGUCCACAAAAUACCUGACUUUAAAGAGAAGAUCCACAUUGUCCGAUUCGACCCUGUUGUCCAGGGUGGCAAUGAAGGCGUGGUACACCAUUUAGUCGUACUAGUUUGUGAUGCCAAAUUCCCCGGAGAUAAGCAUGGUAAUUUCUCGGGAUUAUGUAGCGAUAGGGAAAAUAUGCCUAUUGAGGUGCAGAAAUGCCACGGACUUGGGUUGCUGAUCAAACUGAAAAACAGYUCUUURCCUGGAGGUGGUGUCAAGUUUUUUUCGUCGUUUUUGCACACUCACCUAACAGGUGUGGCGCUAUGGACCAAACAUGUAAGGAAUGGAGUAGAAUUACCAGAGAUCGCCCGUGACGAUAACUAUGAUUUUAAUUUUCAAGAUAUUCAGUUUAUGAAUAAGGAAGUGCAUUUCAAACCCGGUGAUAAUUUAAUUCAUACUUGUAUUUACGACACAACUAAACGUGAUGGUCUCACUUACGGUGGAGAAUCUACAAGACAAGAAAUGUGUUUGAACUUCCUGUUUUACUAUCCUCUGAUUCCCAACCUGGAUCAAGUUUGUCUCUCACUUGAUCUUCGACCUGGAGAGGCCAUCAUGACCAAAUACUACCCGUGA